AUGGUUAAACGAAAGUUGGACCUUCCGUCAGAAUCGACGAAAAAGCGUCGGCUAUCUAUAAUAUCAAGCAAGGAUGCCAAUCCGAGCGAUUCCAACGGGUUUGCUCAGUGUUUCAAAACGGUGACUGCGAAAAUGCAUGUCUGCGUGCCGCCCAGCUCCGCGGCUGACCCGGUGCUAGGCAUCCGUAAAUCCCACCUAGAUCGGCUGGUUAUGACUUAUUUUGCGCCUGCCGAGGGUGUGGUUAUUGCUCAUCAAAACAUGAAGCUGCUGGGCCAGGACACAGAGGGCACAGGAGCGCCGGUUGCCAAGAUCAUGAACGACAGCCCCUUUUCUUAUUUAUGGAUCCAGUCAGACUUUUUGGUGUGGUCCCCUGCCUCCGGCGAUCACAUCGAAGGCUGGGUUAGCGUGCAAAGCCCUGGACACAUUGCUCUGCUCAUUCAUGACACGUUCAAUGCCACAAUCAAGCGGGCCGACAUCCCUGAGACAUGGCAGUUUGUGCACUCCGAAGACGACGAGACUGAUUCCAAGUCUCUGGGCUACUGGGUCGACAGCAACGGCAAUCGUAUUGAGGGCAAGCUUGCUUUCGACGUCAAAACGUUUAAUGUCAGUGGUCGCACCCCUCUGGUGGUUGGCUCUCUGUUGACGGUUAAGGACGUUCAGCUGCCUACGAUUGAAAAGACGCCUAUUGCAUCUGUUCCUGAGGAGGCCAUUGCAGAAGAUGAAGAUGACGACGACGACGAUGCUGUUGUUGCUGUUGCACCCAAUUCGAGCGACGAAGAGUCCGACAGUGACAGCAGCAGCAGCGCGCACAGUGACGACAAUUGA